AUGGCAGCCGGACGAGUGGUUGCCGCGGCGGCGGUGGCCGCGGUGGCGCUGGCGCUGCUCGCGGGCGGCGCGGACGCCGACUGCUUCGACUACUGCUUCAAGAACUGCGUCGCCAACGACAAGUCCAUGGCCGAAUACUGCACCUACGCCUGCGACAAGACCUGCGCGCCCGACGCGCUCCUGCAGCGUCCCCUGGCUACCGUCGGCGGCCUCCCUAUACAGUGCCAGCUUGCCUGCGUCAGGGCGUCCUGCCACCGUCUCCGUGCGGGUGGCAAGGACAUGGAGGCCUGCUACGGGCAGUGCUACGACAGCUGCAAGACCAAGGCCCUGCCGAGGCCUCUCCGCGCCGGCGCCGGCCCGGACAAAGACAGCACCGUCCAGCCGGCGUCGGUGCCCGACCACCCCUUCAACAUGGAGCAGGGCGCCGUCCAGCCGGCGUCGGUGCCUGACCACCCCUUCAACAUGGAGCAGGACGCCGUCCAGCCGGCGUCGACCGCGUCGGUGCCUGACCACCCGUUCCGCAAGAAGCAGGGCUCCGUCCGGCCGGCGUCAGAGCCCGACAAAGAUGACGCAGUCCAGCCGGCGUCGGAGCCGGACCCGGACAGAGCCACCCGACCUGUAGGUCCUGUACGGCCUGACCCGCCGCCCUUCCUUGAGAAGCAGGACGCCGUCCAGCCCGCAUCAGAGCCGGACAGGGACGACGCCGUCCGUAGGGCACGGGGCCGCGUCCUCCCCUGA